CAGGCUUAUCGUCCGAUUGAAAUGCAGGAGGCCGCUUAACUCUUGUAUAAACAGAAACCAGCUGUAACACCAGGUCAGAGCGCAUUAAAAUGAACCACUUUGAAGGCGCGGCGCCCAGGCCCCAGGCCCUGCUGUGCAGGCCCCGCUAAGGUCAGGGCUCGGUCCGCGUGACGUGCCUUCCUGCGCUCGUUCGAGCCAUGCUGUUCCGCAGCUCAGGUGACAAAGGAAUCAGCAGGACCCCUUGCUCCAGGUCACCCAGCAGCACUCAGCACAUCCUUGGCUUCCUGAAGAGAUUUGGAUUUGCCUCAAAGAGCACUCUAAAAAUUGAACAGACAAACCCCAAACACUCUUCCUGAAUUUGCCUGUGUACCAUUGUUCUACAUCUUGAAAGGAAUCAGACCAGUUGAAUUGGUAGUUUUUGGUUUUCCGCCAGCCGUGGAUGCCUUUGACAGUAUGACUGCAGAGGAUUCCACCGCAGCCAUGAACAGCGACCCAGCCGCCACGUCCUCAGCCAAGGUCCCCGAGGGCGUGGCGGGCGCGCCCAAUGAGGCCGCGCUGCUGGCGCUGAUGGAGCGCACAGGCUACAGCAUGGUGCAGGAGAACGGGCAGCGCAAGUAUGGUGGCCCGCCGCCCGGCUGGGAGGGCGCGCAUCCCCAGCGCGGCUGCGAGGUCUUCGUGGGCAAGAUCCCGCGGGACGUGUACGAGGACGAGCUGGUGCCCGUGUUCGAAGCCGUGGGCCGCAUCUACGAGCUGCGCCUCAUGAUGGACUUCGAUGGCAAGAACCGCGGCUACGCCUUCGUCAUGUACUGCCACAAGCACGAGGCCAAGCGCGCCGUGCGCGAGCUCAACAACUACGAGAUCCGCCCAGGUCGCCUGCUGGGUGUGUGCUGCAGCGUGGACAACUGUCGCCUCUUUAUCGGGGGCAUCCCCAAGACCAAGAAGCGCGAGGAGAUCCUGGAGGAGAUCGCCAAGGUGACCGAGGGCGUGCUUGAUGUGAUCGUCUAUGCCAGCGCAGCCGACAAGCUGAAGAACCGCGGCUUCGCCUUCGUGGAAUACGAGAGCCACCGCGCUGCGGCCAUGGCGCGCCGCAAGCUCAUGCCCGGCCGCAUCCAGCUGUGGGGCCACCAGAUCGCCGUGGACUGGGCCGAGCCUGAGAUUGAUGUGGACGAGGACGUGAUGGAGACCGUGAAGAUCCUGUACGUGCGGAACCUCAUGAUCGAGACCACCGAGGACACCAUCAAGAAGAGCUUCGGCCAGUUCAACCCCGGCUGCGUGGAGCGCGUCAAGAAGAUCCGUGACUACGCCUUCGUGCACUUCGCCAGCCGCGAGGACGCGGUGCACGCCAUGAACAACCUCAACGGCACCGAGCUGGAGGGCUCGUGCCUCGAGGUCACGCUGGCCAAGCCCGUGGACAAGGAGCAGUACUCUCGCUACCAGAAGGCAGCCAAGGGCGGCGGCGUGGUGGAGGCCGUGGCCCAGCAGCCCAGCUACGUGUACUCCUGCGACCCCUACGCGCUGGCCUACUACAGCUACCCCUACAAUGCGCUCAUAGGGCCCAACAGGGACUACUUUGUGAAAGCAGGCAGCAUAAGAGGCCGAGGGCGAGGUGCAGCUGGCAACAGAGCUCCAGGACCCAGGGGAUCCUACCUGGGCGGAUAUUCUGCUGGCCGUGGGAUAUAUAGCCGAUAUCACGAGGGGAAAGGAAAGCAGCAAGAAAAAGGAUAUGAACUCGUGCCGAAUUUGGAAAUCUCCGCUGUCAACCCCGUUGCCAUUAAACCUGGUACAGUGGCCAUCCCGGCCAUCGGGGCACAGUAUUCCAUGUUUCAGGCAGCCCCAGCCCCUAAGAUGAUUGAAGACGGCAAAAUCCACGCAAUGGAGCACAUGCUCAGCCCCAUCGCCGUGCAGCCAGACCCCGCCGCUGCCGCCGCCGCCGCCGCUGCAGCCGCCGUCAUUCCUGCUGUGUCCACGCCACCACCCUUCCAGGGCCGCCCGAUAACUCCAGUGUACACAGUGGCUCCAAAUAUUCAGAGAGUCCCCACUGCCAGCAUCUACGGGGCCAGUUACGUGCCGUUCGCGACUCCAGCCACGGCCACCAUCACCACACUACAGAAGAGCGCAGCCGCCGCCGUGUACGGAGGCUACGCCACCGGCUACAUACCUCAGGCCUUCCCUGCCGCCGCUAUUCAGGUCCCCAUCCACGACGUCUACCAGACAUACUGAGACUGGUGACAGCAGCGGCGACAGGGACGUCACUGCUCACGAAGACAGCGCGCGCGCCGGCCUCGUGCGCACGUGCGAGCCGGAGGUGAAGCGCGCCCGCCGCGAUCCCGAGCGAGCGCGUUUUUUUGUGACACAUGAAGUUUUCACGAGUGUUUUAAAGACCGUUUUCCACGCAGCAGGCCCUCGUGCGUGUCGCGGAGACUCGAGCGGUUCGUGCCCUGAAUGCGAUCUUUGAAACAUUUGUAUGGCGUUUCUCUAGAGGUUUGGUUUCGUGUCUUGUUUUUUAAGGCUGUAUUUUCAGUAUGAAGGCUAUUUUCUCAACUCCUGCACUCCAGAGAGUCCUAUUUUGU